AUGAAUGAUAAUAAUUAAAAGGGUCAGACUGUUUAGUUUCGCAGUCUUGGGCAACUGCCACAGACUCUAACACCUAUAGGUGUAACUCCUAAACGAUCUAUUAAACUGGCUAGAAAUAAUAACGGAUAAUAUCAAAAUACAGAGUCACAGAGUUUUGUGGAAACAAUGAAUCACACUAACAUAAAGCAGUCAUUCAGCCCUCUGAAGACCAGUGGCAAUAUUUAAAGCAAUAUUUAAAAUGAACUUGAGUAGACAAGCAAAAUGCAGCCAUCAUACCUUCCUAGUUUAAAGGUUACGACCAAAUCACGGAACGGAAAGGGUGUCUACUCAUUAAAUAACAAUCUCACUAAAUCUACUGAGUUCAACGGAGAAUAAGGGUUAAGAACUCAAGCAUAAUUAGAGUAAAGCUAGAAUUUACCUAUGUAGUCAGUGCAAUCCUAUCAGAAUAUCAAUAAUUAGACUGAAAACCUAACUGCAAGUAUGAUUAAUAGUACUUCUCCAAAUAUUAUGGCUAUUCAAGCAAAGAUCAACAAUAGCACAUAAAUCUUGAACCCUAAUGUGCGUUCUGCAAUGAUGGCAUAGAAUAAUAAGUCUUCUGGUAUCGUAGCUAAACUAGGACAGAGGCAGAUUAAUAACCAAAAUCAAUCGACAGGAGGUGUCAUUAUAAAAAACAGCAAUAAUAUCCUUUCUAAGCACAUCAAUAGCAAAAAUAAUAUGGAUUCAAAUAUAUCUCACAAGAAUAAACUUUUCUUCAGUAGCCAAAUUAAUAAACCAGCAAGAGAUAGCUCAUUAGGCUAGAAUAUUAAUUAAGGCCUUCCUAAUUUUUAAACGAGCAAAGUAUCGACAAAAUCAUUUGGCACCGUUAAAGCUUUUUCAGCCAAUACAAAUGUUGGAUUAGUUAGAUAGUAUAAUGAGGAUAGAAUCGCUAUAAUUCUGAAUGUUAUCCAUCCUACAAACAAGAAACCUGUAGUAGAAAACUGGCCUAACAUUUAGAUAUUUGGAAUAUAUGAUGGUCAUGGAGGGAGUAAAUGCGCUGAGUACUUGAAAGAUAAUCUUCAUAACAAUAUAAUAAAUUUGCCUGAUUUUCCCAAUAAUAUCUAAAAUGCAAUAAGAGUUGGUUCUCAUUCGUGCGAUGAGAAUUUCCUUUCGAUGUUAUAUGAUGAAUAUAAAGCGAAAUUCGCUGAAACAAAGUAAAAAUUAGCAUCUAUAAAUAGAGCUGGAUCUUGUGGAUUAAUGAUAAUGUGCGUAGAUGAGGAUAUAUAUGUAAUAAAUGUCGGUGAUAGUCGAGCUCUGAUGUCAAGGGAUAUGGGUAAGGAUAUAAAAGCAUUGACAAAAGAUCAUAAGCCAAUGGAACCAGGAGAAUACAAUAGAAUUAUAAGUAAUGGAGGAAAGAUAUAUCAAUCUCAGACUGUAUUUAAGGGUAAUAAUCAGACCCCAAUUAUCUAAUAAGUGAAUAUUGAGUAACUUAUAUUAGAUAAAGACCAGGAUCAUGAUAAUCCUUUUGUGGGUCCUUAUAGAGUAGCACCUGGAAGACUAUCUGUCUCGCGUACUUUUGGAGAUAUUGAAGCUAAAUACCCGGACUUAGGUGGGAUGGCUGGAGUUGUUGUGUGUGAUCCAGAUGUGACAUACCUAAGGAAUGGAGGCUAAGAUUUAGAAUUCGUUGUUUUAGGAAGUGAUGGUAUUUUUGACAAACUCAAUAAUGAAAUGAUUGGGGAGAUAGUCUGGGGUGUUAUCAAAGAACAUUAAUUUAACACUUCAGUCAGCAUUCAUCAAAUCUGUGGAAAAGCUGCUGAUGAAAUUUUAAGAGAGGCAGCUCGUCUUAAAACAAUGGAUAAUAUCUCAAUCGUAGUUAUAGCUUUCAGAAAGCUUCACGAAUAUCUUGAAAAGUUAAGAUACAGUUCAGAGUAUACUCCUCAAGGCUAUUAAUAAUAAGAGGCAACUUAAUCAAAUUGGACAACAGACAAGAAAUCUCAAUCUCAAAAAAUGAAUAAUUUGUUCAAAUCGAUUAACGGUAUCCAAGAUACCAAAGCAGAUAUCCAAAAAAUGGAAUAAAUAAGACUAAGGAACCAAUAGGAAUAAUCUAGCGUUCUCAGCUAAAGUAACUAUACCUCAACCACAAUCAAUACAAAUAAGUCUCGAAACAGCCAUCCAUAUGUGCAAUAAUCUACAACUGUAUCCAACAAUAAUACUAGUGCAAAUGGAAGUUUAAAUAAUACUUAGAGCUUUGAGCUAGCAGAUAACAAUGGAUGGAAUUCAGGAAAGAAUAUACCGAGACUUAAAUCUAAGAAUAUUGUUUAUACCAAUACUAGGAAAGAGCAAACCCCUGGAACUACAGGCAACGGAUUUCAUCUACCGCCUAUGUAGACACAGCAUAGCGAUAACACAGCUUUAAGCACUUAGAACAGUCAUUUCACAGAAAGUCUAGGGAAUCGUAUAUAGAUAGGAUUAGCUGGUAAAACUCCUUAACAGACUUUAAAUCAACAGUUAUAAAUAAGGUAGUAGAAAAAUAUCACUGAUAAGCGAAAUUCUCAUGAUAACACAAGCAGCAAUCAAGGCGGAGCGUUAAAUUCAGGAUAUUCAAUUUUAAUGGCUAUAAAUAGAGAUAAUAAUAAAAUUCCUAAGACUCUUAAUAACAAUAACCCUAAUAAUAACAAUAACAUUUGA